AUGCACCUCGCCCAGGUUGCGGUUCUGCUGACUUGCGGCCUCGCCUCACCCGCGGCCGCUCGCCAUGCUUCGGGCGCCGGUGUAGAGAACGUCGCCAGAGCCGUCCCAGGCAGUGGCAGCCAGUCGGGCAGCCAGGCGGGCAGCCAGUCGCGUGUAUGGUAUUCCAUUCGAUGCGGCCGCGAACUGACACGGACGUUCCCGGCUGUUUGCUACACACCUACCGCGCGUUGCGACGGCGAGAACUAUGUCAACCCGCUCUACAUGGAGCAGUGCAGGGCCUGCACGUGCGAGAAGCAGCUCAAGAGGCCAGACGUCGGCAACAACCAGGGCUCGUAUGCUAGAAAGAGGAACAGGGCGACUGCCGUCAGUCCAGUGGUCACGCCCGCUCCGGACAUGAGGUCCAAGCGGGAGCCGUCCCCAGAAAAGCACAAGGGCAAGAAGAAGAAGAAGACGACGACGAAGACGACCCAGACGAAGACGACGAAGACGACACAAACGAAGACGAAGACGACAGCCAAGCCGACGCCUCCGCCAACUCCGACUCAGAAACCUGCCCCCCACGUUUAUGACGAUGAAGAUGAUGGGGAUGUCUAUAAGAGGCUCAACAAAGACUUGGAGGUUGAAAGAAGGGAUCCGUCUGCGAACAAGAAGACAAAGACGGUGCGGUUCGUCGUCCGGAGCCCCCAAACCGACAAGGGUGAGCCCAUCACGCCGACGACCAUGACGACGGCCAUGUCGACAACCAUGUCAACGCCGCAGCCUACAUCGACGCAGGGGCACACGACCGCCUCUUUCCGCGAUUGGGACGACGACGAGGAGUUCAAGAAGAGGAGCCCUGAGACCAUGGAAAAGAGGGACCCGUCUGCGAACAAGAAGACAAAGACGGUGCGGUUUGUCGUCCGGAGCCCCCGAACAGACGCGAGCGAGCCGACCAACACGCCCAGUGUGUAG